AUGAGUCUGUUUGGAGGCGGCCGGGCGCAGUCGGCAGCUCAGAUGUCGGCAGAGAAAAUGGAGGCAGCCGUCACCGAGAUCGAGAUGGUGGCCGACAUCUUCAACAGGAUAGUGUCCAGCUGCCACGGCAAGUGCAUCGGCACUCGCUACAAUGACUCACAGCUCAACAAGGCAGAGGGCGUCUGCAUUGACCGAUGCGUGGCAAAGUUCUUCGCCGUCAAUGAAGCGGUCGGCAAGCGGAUGCAGCAGGCUCAAGGGCAGCAGCAAGCCGCGGGGAGUAGCACCACCAACAUGUUUGGCUUCUAG